GCGUGAGAGGUGGCGAUGUUAAUAUACCAGUUGCAUCAGGGGACGUUUCGUGCCCUGAUGGCUGUACAGUGCUUGGCUACGCCAGCGGAAACGGGCGGUGAUCUUAAAAACCCAUGCGUCGGGGUUACGUUAGCGAUAGCGAUCCCGCCGGUGAUUGCGACUUGGAAAAGGGGGACAGACGUGUUGCCACACGGUCCAAACCCCAGUGGUCUCUGGAGUAAGACGAGGACUCCAGAGCAUUUGAACCAGUGCUCUAGGCCGACUACCAGUGCACAAGCGAUAUAUCACACCCAAGGAAAAUUGACCGGGCCUUGGGAUCUCAGAGAGCAUACUCGCGUUGAUGGCGCUCGUCGUUCCCGGCGCACCUAUAAUACACGUGGUGUAAUUUGAUGGAUCCGAGUCAGUUUGGGAACAUGAACGCUCUACUUGCUUUGCUCGAGAAGACGAGGGGAGUGACGAUCAGAGCACAGAAUUGCCGUUCUGGAUGAAGAGUGCAGCGGCAUUCGUCAAGUUGCUUCCGUAAUUAAUUAGGGUCUGAAGUCCCUAUUCGGUGCAUUGGUCGAUCUGAAGCAGAUGAUGGCACAGAGUUGCUUUGAUGUAUGACCCGAAUUAUAUUUCGGGGUAUAGUUUGUCUAGGUUGAGAAGAAAUGAUUUGCAGAACGCAGAAGCGGCCCGUGGCAGUGAAAGGAGAGAUCAGAAAC